AUGCGUUGGUUUCUAUUGGCUUCUAUUGGCCUCGUCCAUGCGGUCGCCUACGCGCAGACGCCAGUUUCAUCGGAUGUGUUUGACAAGAUGGUACGGUACGCGGCCUUUUCCGCCGCGUCGUACCAGGAGGACUGUCCGACGCCGCCCUUUGGCUCCAGCAUUGUGCAGAGCUUCGACGACGCCGACACGGGCACCCGCGCCGCCAUUUUCCGGGACGAAAAGGCAAAGGAAAUCAUUGUCGCCUUUCGCGGCACCUCGUCGCCGCGGGAGCUCGACGCGGACCUUGCCUUUGCUCUUGUGCCGCUCAGCGUCCCGGGCACGAGUUGCUCUGACUGCAAGGUACACGACGGCUUUCAAAGAUGCUACACCGCCAUCAUGAAACCUCUUGCGACUGCUCUUCAGGGUCUGCUCUGCGAAGCCGACUGGCGAUUGGUCGUCACGGGCCAUUCUCUCGGCGGAGGCAUCUCCGCCAUCGCGGCGCCUUCCUUUGCUGGGCUGGGCUUCCAAGUCUCCGAAGUCUUCACCUUUGGCGAGCCACGCAACGGCAAUGCGGCCUGGGCCCAGUACGCGAGCUCGGUGGUGCCGGAUGAGCAGUACUACCGCGUGACGCAUUUCACGGAUGGGAUCCCGCAGAUCCCACCGACGGUCCUCGGCUACGUCCACCACUCCCCUGAAUACUAUCAGAGCGAGGAGACGAACAACACUGCAGCGUCGACGUGGAAAUGCGACAUUGACUCGCCGAAAUGCAACGCCGGUCAAGACUUUGGCACCACUCUCGUCAAUAAUGCGCACGUAUCCUACAGCAACACCGUGGUUGGGAGCUCCCUGUUUGUGCCUGCAUGUGGCGCAGUGUGGCCGUGA